AAGUUGACAUGACAUUACGAUAUUUACGAUUACGUCAUUUACGCCAAGAAUACGGUGCGGAUCGUUUAUCAAUUUGUUUUGGUUGGAAACUAACGUGAAACCACUGUGAGACCUUGCUGAUUGCCGGAUAAUUAUGAUUCUUUAGCGUUUAUUAUCAAGAGUGUUCACGAUGGAGCAAGUCUACGCUUUGGAGGUUACUUUAAUCGAAUUUGUUCAAGACUGGUUCCGUGACUGGGAUGGGUACCUAGAAUGGGUGAACGACAUCUCGAACCCGCACAUGUUGCUGGAGUUCCUGUUCCCUCUCAUCUCCAUCGUGGACUCGGUGUUUGCUGCCCAGAUGCUGUUGGUCCUGAGCUUCGGGGGCUGGCUCAACACUGUCAUGAAAUGGUGGUUGCUAGAAGACCGUCCAUACUGGUGGGUGCAAGAAACCACGUUCUACACCUCGCACCGGCCGCGUCUCAAACAGAACCGACAGACUUGUGAAACGGGCCCGGGCUCACCCUCGGGGCACAGUGCAGCCGGCGCCGCGGCGUUGGUGCUACUGCUCAUGUUCAUAUCACACAUCAUGCGAGAUCGUAAAUUCUACAUGCGCUAUUGGAAGUACGUCAUGUACCCGCUGUGCGGCGCUGCGAUGGGCUCUAUACUGUUAGCUAGAGUGUAUGUCGGGGCCCAUUUUCCUCACCAAUGCCUGCUUGGCGCCUUAGUGGGCGCCUUCAUGGCACCAGCGUUAUGCAUCUACGUGUCGGACCCGUACAUCUGGAAGUACGGUCCGGAGCGGUCCGGCGUGGCGUGGCACGCGGCCGCCGCGCUUAUAGCGGCCGCUAUAGGAGGAGUUACCUACGCCGGCCUCAAGAUAUGUGGGAUAGAUCCACAGUGGACCGUUAAAUUGGCAUUUCGUUGGUGCCAGCAACCUUCAGAGAUCCACGUGACCACGACACCUCUGUUCGCGCUGAUGCAGUGCACCGCCGCCAUGUUGGGGUGGGCUCUUAGUGUGACCCCAGCAGUGGCCGAAUACCGUCAUUACACGCCACACCGCUCGCUGAUUAUAUCAUCGUUCACAACCGGCGUUAUUAUGUACGGCUUCCAACAGUUAUCGGCACAAGUUGACAAGACCAAUGUUUUCAGGUUCUACGCGAGUCACUUCGUGCUGAACACAGUGAAGCCGGCCCUACUGCUGAGGCUAACUCCGGCCCUCGCGAUGCUGCCUUUUACCUCCAAGGAGAAAAUCGAAUAGACAAAUAUUGUUUUAGUAUAAUUGUGUUCUACGCGAGUCACUUCGUGCUGAACACAGUGAAGCCGGCCCUACUGCUGAGGCUAACUCCGGCCCUCGCGAUGCUGCCUUUUACCUCCAAGGAGAAAAUCGAAUAGACAAAUAUUGUUUUAGUAUAAUUGUGUUCUACGCGAGUCACUUCGUACUGAACACAGUGAAACCGGCCCUAUUGCUGCGGCUAACUCCGGCCCUCACGAUACUGCCUUUUACCCCCAAGGAGAAAAUUGAUUAGACAAAUAUUGUUUUAGUUAAUAAUUGUGUUCUACGCGAGUCACUUCGAGCUGAACACAGUGAAGCCGGCCCUACAUCUGAGACUCCGGCCCUCGCGAUACUGCCUUUUACCUCCAAGGAGAAAAAUUCAACUCUUUGAACGCAACGUCUAUGAGUGAGGCCACACUGGGGCGUUGCGUCGCGUUGUUUCGUCGAAAACACACCGACACACACGCCGAAAAUACACGCCGUACGAUUUAGUACCUAAAUAAUACAAUGUGUUGUGAAUGUGUGAUUUAUUUAUUUAUCCAAAGAUGUUGCUUUUGCACUUUUUAUUAUGAUGUACUUCAGUACCUAUAUGUAAAUAUGCUAUAUGAAUACCUAUAGGUACCUAUAUGUGUAGGGUUGUCAACCUUAAAAAAUAUAGCCACAUUUUUUAUUUUUUAUAUACUUGGGUAUGUGUAAAGGUAGAAUAUAUUUAUUAUAAACUAUACCUACGCAAACGCUGUGAUAUAUUUAUUUAGCAAAUUUAUUUAUAUUAAAUGCACCUUAAUGAAUAAAGGAACGGAAGCAAUACAA